AUGCCUUGGAUUGGCUUCAUAUUUCUCAUGGGCCAUAUGUCAAUCAACCAUAUCAGUCGCCAAAUCCUGAACGAUCCGCAGGUUGUGGAUAUCACAGGGGCCCAGAUGGUCCUUGUGAUGAAGCUCUCUGCUUUCUGUUGGAACGUGCAUGAUGGCCGGUUGCCUCAAAACCAGCUGUCCGAUCCACAGAAAUAUGCUGCGAUAACCACAUUUCCUUCGAUUCUGGACUACGCCGGCUACGUGCUAUUCUUCCCGGGCCUUUUUGGCGGUCCUGCGUUUGACUAUGUUGCCUACCGUCGAUGGAUUGACACCACACUUUUUGAAGUACCCCCAGGCACUGACCCGUCCAAAGUGCCACCAACCCGAAAGAAGCGAAAAAUUCCACGGAGUGGAACUCCUGCUGCCAAGAAGGCAGUGAUAGGUCUGGUAUGGGUUGUGGUUUUUCUUCAAAUGAGCUCGAUUUACAACAAAGAGGCUUUAUUGGAACCCAGUUUCCGGGACUAUUCCUUCCUUCGACGAGUCUGGAUUGUGCACGCGCUGGGAUUCACCACCCGCGCCAAAUAUUAUGGCGUGUGGUCACUCACCGAAGGCGCAUGUAUCUUGUCGGGAAUGGGAUAUAACGGCUUUGAUCCCAAGACGGGUAAAGUAUUUUGGAACAGACUGCAAAACAUUGAUCCCUGGAAGCUCGAAACUGCCCAAAACUCCCACGCUUACUUGGGAAACUGGAAUAAGAACACCAAUCACUGGCUGCGGAAUUAUGUCUACUUGCGCGUCACUCCCAAAGGAAAGAAACCAGGGUUCCGCGCCAGCAUGGCUACAUUUACAACUAGUGCCUUCUGGCACGGCUUUUAUCCUGGGUAUUACUUCUCAUUUGUUCUAGGCUCCUUCGUCCAAACUGUGGCCAAGAACUUCCGGCGUUAUGUUCGUCCCUUCUUUCUGUCUACGGAUGGAACCACACCUGGACCUUACAAGCGUUAUUAUGACGUCGUUAGUUGGCUCGUAACCCAGGCAGUCAUGUCUUUCGUUGUCCUACCAUUCAUUUACCUAUCAUUUUCCGAUUCCAUCCACGUUUGGGGAAGCGUCUAUUACUACGGUAUCAUCGCCGUUGCUGCCUCUCUUGCUUUCUUCUCUUCGCCAGCAAAGGGCUUCCUCAUCAAGAAAUUGAAGUCCCGCGCUGAUCGCCCCAAGGCCGUGCGAUCACCAAGCACAGAAAGCAUUCAGGAACCAACACUUGGUCUUCCUGACGAUGCAAUCAAGGAAUUUGAUGAUGUAGUGCAGGAAAUCCGAUCUGAAAUCGAGUCCAGACGCAGAAAGGGCAGCGUGGUCACAAUGCCUACAGGCGAAGAACUCAAGGCUGCCAUCGAGAACAAAAUUGGCCGUACGCUAGGAUAA